CCAGAACAGAAAGCGUUUUAUGAAGAAAGUGGGUUUCUUGUCAUUAAAAAUUUGGUCUCUGAUACUGAUAUCAAACGCUUUAGGAAUGAGUUUGAAAGAAUCUGCAGAAAUGAGGUGAAACCAGAGAAAAUAAUGAUAAUGAGAAAUGUGACCACUGGAAAAUCAGAAUAUGUUCCAAGUGAAAACAUGAUUACAAAGGUCCAGGGUUUUCAAGACGAUGAGGAACUCUUCAGUUACUGCACUCUCCCUGAGAUUCUGAAAUAUGUGGAGUGCCUCACUGGACCCAAUAUUAUGGCCAUGCAUACAAUGUUGAUAAACAAACCUCCAGAUUCUGGCAAGAAGACAUCUCGUGACCGUAUGCACCAGGAUCUGCACUAUUUCUGCUUCAGGCCCAGCAAUAGUAUAGUUUGCAUGUGGACAGCCGUGGAGCACAUUGAUCAGAACAGUGGCUGUCUGACUGUUCUCCCAGCACACAAAGGCCCCCUGAAGCCCCAUGAUUACUCUCAGUGGGAGGGGGGAGUUAACAUACUGUACCAUGGGAUCCAGGAUGGUAUCCAUGAUGAAACCAUGGCCCGAGUGCAUGUUGUCAUGGAGAAGGGAGACACUGUUUUCUUUCAUCCUUUGCUCAUCCAUGGAUCUGGUGUGAACAAAACUAAAGGAUUCCAGAAGGUAAUUUCCUGCUAUUUUGCUGAUGCCCACUGCCAGUACAUCGAUGUGAAGGGUACCAGUCACGAAAACACUGGAAAGGAAAUUGUAGAGUUAGCAAAUAAAAUGCAUGGAAUUGUUAGCAAAUAAAAUGAAUGGAAUUAAAGGCAUCACCCUGAAGGACAUUGGGAGAUUUUGAGCACGGCUUGUGAAAGGACAAAGAAUCAACCUUUGAAGUAGCCCUUUGCUCUUUGAAAGAAAACCAAAAAGAAACAAGGUGUCUAAGGAAAAUGUUUUCUUAAUGAGACAUGUAAUCUUUUCUAUCACUUUUUAAUAAAGUCAAAAUGCAUG